UGUUGUACAAGCGUUUAACACAAGAAGACUGGAGCAGUCCACAGUUCACCAACCACCCUGGAAACGAACUCUGGCAGUAAAUUUUGAGGAUUAUAUUGGUGUUUGUGCAUAGAAACGAGAAGCUAUCAUGGAUUUUCUCAAUCAUAACUAUUUGAGUGCGCGCAACCCAUAUGACUAUACAUUUAAUUUUUGGAACGACUAUCUGGGUCUGUCGACGUUGGUCACGAAGAAUAACAAGCACAUGAUGCCCGAAAGCCCAAACUCCAUCACCGAGUCCCUGAAAGCAACUCUGGGUUUGGAUGACUCCCCAGCAUGUGCGUGCGUAAUCUCGGGCAGUGGUGAAGGCGGACACCUGGACUGCUGUUGUCCAUCUGUGAGCCCCCUGCCUACCUCCAUCCUGGACUUGAAGGAGCGCUUUUCAAUUCUGAGCCCAUUCCAAAACCAAAUCGGUGGUGUCCCACUACAAGACCGGGACUUGGGCUUCGGGGGAAGCUUUGCAGGAUUUGACCUGUUCGGAGUGGAGAGGAAGAUGCGUAAGCCAACGUCGAGGAAUAAACAGGAGCCCAAAAUCUGUGUCUUCUGCAGGAAUAACGGUGCGCCGGAGGAGGUGUAUGGCUCCCACGUUCUGAAGACACCGGACGGGAGGGUGGUGUGCCCCAUUCUUCGGGCUUAUACAUGCCCUCUUUGUAGCGCCAAUGUCACCAACAGAGGACUGCACUGGGGAUUCAAGGAGUGCUCUGCAAUGGUGGAGUCAGGAGGACAAUUCACGUUGAGAAAAUAGUUGGAUAGCGCAAAUGAAUGUUAUUAAACAAGCUUUUCUAAAAACCCAUGUAUUAGCCCCUUUUUGCAUUAUUUCCCUGAAUAAAUCCAAAAAGAUGCAAAACUAUUGUGAAUGUACGAUGAAAAGUUGUCAGUUGCAGGACUGCACAUUUCUGACAGUUAUGUUUACCAAAGGAUUAUACAAUUUUAGUGAAGUGAAGUGAGGAAGAGAGUAUUGUAUAUAAAGUUGAGUGACGUUUAUUCAGCAUUUUAACAUUUCAAGUGACUUCAGAGGGUUCUACCUCAACAGGAUUUUGUACUUACAUGUAAAAUGUCAACAGCAGUUUAUUAAUAUAGUGCUGCCAUUUAUAAUAAGGGGUUUUUAAUAGUAUUUUUGAUCUUUGUAUAACAUAAUUGUAUUUUUUUUUCCUGCAUUCAAACAUGACAAAAGUGAAUUUCCAAUAAGCUUCAAGCAUUCCUCGCCAAAAAGAUGAUGGUCUGUGCAUAGUGAUAUUCAUACAUUUUAAAUUUAAUUGUUCAAUGUUACAUUCUUGAGGGUGUGUGCAAGAGGAUGGAAUCUAUUGAAAACCAUUCACAAUCUGCCACUUUUAAUAUAAGUUUUCUGAUGAAAUGAAAUUAGAAAAUUAACACUGUUGAACUUUGUUAUUUGUAUUUUACCACAAUUUCCAUGUAUGCUGCCUGUGCAGAAUAAAAUGAUCUGAAUUAAUUAGAGAAAGAAACAUCUCCUCAAAUAUUUUAGCUCAUGCCUUGAUUUCAUUGAUCAACUUGAUAGACAUAUACCUCAUUCACCAGUUUACAUAAACAGUAUGCUAUUGCUAUUGCUAGAUAUUCAAUGUAGGCUUGAAAAUUCCAUUAAAGGUUGCACAUA